CUAGCAACGGAGUCAAGCGUUAAAUGCAAAAAAAAACAAGAAAUAUAGGUCUCUCUUAUCUUAUAAUAUCGUAUAUUAUAAACAGUUUAAUGUCAUGAAUAGGAACCAUUACCUUUAAUAUGGGUCUAUCAGCAUUUUACGACGUUGUAUUUUUGAUGUAAUAUACGUUUAUAUUGUUUAUAUGAUGUUUAUAUCGUAUAUAAUAUAACAAAUAUUAACAUUGUCACUUUGAGACAGAGAUAUACUUAUGUUUCCAUAUACAGUUAAAACGGGAAUUCAUUCAAUGAUUCGAUCAAGGCCUAUAUGUGAUUAGAUUAUUAAAAUAAGGGGCGUUUCUUCGUCCCAGAUUUUUAAUCACAUUUCACCAAAUUUGUCUGGAGCCUGAGUCAGCAUUAGUCAUAAGGAUGCUGUUUAUAAGCACAACCUGGACACAUCAGACACAUUCGAUUAGUCCCUGGGGAUUCCGCCUGAUUAGCUGCAUUUGCUGUUGCAGUUUGUGCCUGAAAUAAGUAAUACUUUGGGAACUUCAUACAUACAUUUAUCAUCAUGUGGAUCAGAUGGAUAUAUUAUUGCGGAAUCGUAUUUUUUAUCCUGUCUCCGGUUCAAGGCACGAACAGACAUGAACCAUUGGCCUGUAAUUGCAAUGGGAAGUCGAUCGGUUGUAUUUGGGACACCGAUGGCCCGCGGUGCCUGAACUGCCAAGAAAACACAGAGGGUCGGCAGUGUGAGAGGUGCAAAGAGGGCUUUUAUCACCAGAGAGCAGGAGAUCCCUGUUUACCCUGCAACUGCAAUUCUGCCGGUUCGACCAACCCUCAAUGUGACGCUGCCGGUGUUUGUAGCUGUAAGCGCGGCGUCCGGGGUGACAAAUGUGACCGCUGUAACAAUGGAGCCCCCGUUACCCCAAUCGGCUGCACACAGAGCUGCAGGACUCGAAGCAGCAGUCAGCCACUGAGCGGCCAGCCAGAAUGCCCAUCCUGUUUCUGCCAUGGACACUCUGAUACCUGCUCCCCAGCGGAGGGAUACUCAGUUCUCACCAUCUCUUCCAGCUUCAGUAGUGGGACUGAGGGCUGGCGAGCCGCUGCAGCUUAUGGCACUGCAGGCUCCAGUGUUCGAUUCCAGUGGUCCUCCAGGCUUCGGAGCCUUGAGGUCUUCUCCGACAGCAGCGUGCCACUUUAUCUUCUGGCUCCAGCUUCCUACCUGGGCAACCAGCAGUUGAGCUACGGUCAAACACUGUCCUUUUCGCUCCGGCUCGACUGGGGGGUUCGCUAUCCCUCCACCAGCGACGUGGUGCUUGAGGGGGGGGGGCUGAGGGUGGCUGCCCCACUUGGAGACCUACAUCGAGUCAUUCCCUGUGGACAGAAAACCACAUAUAGCUUCAGACUUGACGAGAGCCCAGUGAGCAAAUGGCAGCCUACACUUACCUCUCUGCAGUUCCAGAUCCUCCUUCAAAAUGUCACGGCCAUCAAGAUCCGUGGCACAUUUGGCAGAAGAAGCCGUAGUUACCUUGAUGAUGUGCAGCUUGUAUCAGCCAGGCAGGGGCCUGGCACUCCCGCUGGAUGGGUUGGGAAGUGCAGUUGCCCUGUUGGGCACGAAGGGCAAUUCUGUGAGCGAUGUGCCGUGGGAUACAGAAAAAUGGACCCUGCAAAGGGUCCCUUUAGCCAAUGCACACCUUGCAGUAAUGCUGACACAGGAGAAUGCCUGCCCAGAGAUGACAGCUCCAGGUUUCCACCCGGGGUUGAUUGCUCAGUGACACCAGGGUCCAUUGAUGGGAGAUGUGACCGAUGUUCUCCGGGGACGACCGGCGCACGGUGCAACAUGUGUGAAGAUGGUUUCUACGGCGACCCCUUGGGGGAAAGUGGUCCCCGGCAACCUUGCCAACGGUGCCAGUGCAACGGGAACAUAGAUCCCAAUGCCGUAGGCAACUGCCAUCGCUUGACAGGACAGUGCCUCCAGUGCCUAAAUCACACAACUGGGUUCUUUUGUGAGAGCUGCCAAGACGGCUUCCAUCGCAGCCACGCAUCUGAUAACUGCAAAGCUUGCAACUGCAACCCUCUGGGCUCCACCUCAAGGGAGUGCAGCAGCAGCGGCCAGUGUCUGUGCAGAGAAGCUUUUGAGGGACCCAAGUGUGACCGGCCCGCGUGCCCCAGCUGCUUUGACCGUGUUAAACAUAAGGUGGGGGUACACUUCUCUAAACUGCAUGAACUGGAAGGUUUACUCCAGAAGAUCGAGAGUGAUGUUGUUCCGGCAAAUACCGCACAGCUGCUGAGGCACAUUCAGCUUGCAGAGCUCAUAUUGGCUGAAAUGCAGAUGAACAGCAACCAGCUCACAGACACUGAGAACGGUUUGCUAGGUCGCUUGGAGGAGCUAAGCCAAGCUCAGUCCCGUGAGAGCAGUAGCUUGCAGUCUGUGAGCGACACGCUGGGCGCCGUGAGCCAGCAGGAGAGGCAGUAUCAGAGGCGUGCGUCCGAUAUCGACCUUCUGCUCCGAGACGUGAGGCAUCAGCUGCUUAAGGCCAAGACAGACAUCCGAAAUGCUGAACUUGCUUUACAUGAUGAUAAUGGAGACACCACCUAUAUUUCCAGCCUGGCUGAGAAAGCUGUCAACCUUGCAAAGAAGCAGCAAGGAGAGGCAGACAUGGUAGACCAGACUGCCAAGAGUGCCCUUGCUGAGGCAGAGAAUGCCAAGGGUCUAAUACGCCCUGUCCUGCUGGGAGAAAACAAGGUCGCUGAACUUGUCAAUGACCUUCAGAUUGGGUAUAAGUGGAACUCCACAUUUGUAACGGGCAUGAAGAAGGAGGCCGCUCUCUUGAGGUCCUCAGCUGAGCGAGAGAGCAGAGCUGGGGAGGGGGCACUGAAGCGAGUCUCCCAGCUGGAACCACUCUUAGAUGGAGUCCAGGGGAUGGAUGGUGUGGUGUCAGAUUUGGGGACCCUAAAGGAAAGCACGGAAACAAGCCUGUUGGAAUACCAGGAUCUAAAAGCAGGCAUUGAGGCAGAGAGAUCCGGGAUGAGCGACCUCCUGGCCAAAGGAGAAGCAGCUCAACAGAUACAUAAUCAGCUUCUCUCAAGAGCAAAUGCUGCAAAGGCUAAUGCGGACGCCUCUCUCAUGGACAUCACCAAGAACAUGGACGGGCUGCUCAAUGUCCAUAGCAAGCUAGAAGGAUUCAGCAAGCAGCUGAGCACCAACAGAGCGGAGGCGGAGAGGAGCCUGGAGAGGCUGCGGGACAUCGCAGAUGUUGUGCAGGGGGCUGUCAGCAGCAACACCCAGUCGCUGGACAUCAUGGGCAGGGUUCAGGGCGACUACAGGGAGGCCCUGGGAACCUUCCGGAACCUCAGGGAUGCUGUUACCUACACAGAGGAGCUCCCCCCCACAUUAAGGGCCAGCCAUGAUAUGCUGAAGGAUGUGGCCACGCUGGCAGGCGACAUGAAGCAGCUGGAAGCCGAGGCCACCAGCAGAAUGAAGGAACUGGCUUUGGAGGCAGAGCGUGCAAAGCAGCGUGAAAUGGAAGCCAGAGAGGCCUCAGCACAAGCAGCUGGUACUUCUGGCUUCGUGAAGGGAGUGAAGGACUCUGUAGACAAAACCCUGCAGUAUGUUGGUGCUCUGCUCUCCACCAGCAGCUCACCAGGCUCGACCGACAUCACAGGCAGGAAAAGCUACAAUGAGCUGGAGUUAUCAAUAGCUGACGCACGCAAAAUGGUGACCCAGCUACUGAAACCACGGCUACAGAAGCUAGAAGAGAUGGAGGCAAGUCAGAUGGCCAAGGCCAUGAGUCUAAACGCAGAUAUCGACAACAUCCUGUUGGACAUCAAGAACCUGCAGGACAUCCAGAGGACCAUUCCAGUGGGUUGCUUUAAUGCUCAACCCAUUGAGAGCCCUUAAAGGGCACAACAGCUCCACAAAACUGUCAGCAUCUGGAUCUGUGUGAAAUGUGAGGAUUUUUUGUACUGCUUUAUGUAUUUCUAUAGAAAGUUAUAAAUACAAUACUGUGCAAAAGUAAAUUACGAAUAAAUGAGUUGGUGGUGAAAUUUAAGAAAUACAUGGAAUGACUGGGGAACUCCAAGGAGACGUUUGGUAUUAAUCUAGCUAUUAAACUAGAUAUCAGUAACUUUUAUUUACUUCCCAGAUAAAUAGCUUUAAACAUUUUCCUUGACAACCUAAGACUUUUGCUCAGUACUGUAUAUAUCAGUGCAAUGGUUUAUUUAAAAAAAAGAAAAGAAUUAUUUAUAUUUUUCACAGGCAAAGGAGCAGCAAUGUUCCAUAGUUUUUAUUGUGUUAGGAUUUGUUUCGUCGAAUUUGUGUCUAUUUAUAUUGUUGGCACUAGUGUAUGUUGCAUUAAAUACAACAAAAAACAUUA